AACGCCGCAGUUCGGCCGUUGAUGUUAUUCGUGUUUCUGUCGAAGCUAAGAAGUCACAGAGGGAGAAAUGGCAAGAACCAAGCAGACCGCCCGUAAAUCCACCGGAGGUAAAGCUCCCAGGAAGCAGCUGGCCACUAAGGCUGCCCGUAAGAGUGCCCCUGCCACCGGCGGAGUGAAGAAACCUCACCGUUACAGGCCCGGUACCGUGGCUCUCAGAGAGAUCCGUCGCUACCAGAAAUCCACCGAGCUGCUGAUCCGCAAGCUGCCCUUCCAGCGUCUGGUCAGAGAAAUCGCUCAGGACUUCAAGACCGACCUGCGCUUCCAGAGCUCCGCUGUCAUGGCUCUGCAGGAGGCCAGCGAGGCUUACCUGGUCGGUCUGUUCGAGGACACCAACCUGUGCGCCAUCCACGCCAAGAGGGUCACUAUCAUGCCCAAAGACAUCCAGCUGGCCCGCCGCAUCCGUGGAGAGAGAGCUUAAACUGAUCUCAGACCUGCUGAUAAAGAUACACAACGGCUCUUUUAAG